AUGUCAGAUAUGUACAAUUUUCGCCUUUUCUCCUAUCUUAUCAAUUCCAAUGUAUUUUUAUUGCAAUUUUCCAUACAGGCUCCACGUCCACCUAAACAACCCAACGUGCAGGAUUAUCAAUUCUUUCCACCACGACUUUUCGAGUUAUUGGACAUGGAAAUCUACGCAUUCAGAAAGAACAUUGGUUAUAAGGUAUGCGUGCAUGUGGUACAGACUCUUGAUAAGUUGCUGCAAUUGCUCAAAGAAUAGACGAGCGGUGGUCUAGAAACCACAGUGUUUGAAUCUCGAAUUUUCGUUGUUCUCUGUAGUGUCAGAAUUUAUGUGAAAAUCUUAUAUCUCUGAGGAUUAUUACUCGCUGCCCAGGCACGCAUUUUUGGUUGAUAGUGGUUUUCCGAUCGUCAUCGAUAGCCACAAAAUAGAAUAUUAAUGAGCUCCCAAAUUUUGCCUAGAUCAUCCAUAAAUAACCCUACGUUUUGAGGAAAAUUCGAGAAUUUUAUUAAAAAAGCCAAAGCUGCUGUUUACGAAUAUUUUUACGUUCUUUUAAAACAGCUUUUUUACGGCAUUGAGGAUUGAACGACAAGAAUAAUGAAUGUAAAGAUGUAUUAAUGCCAAAUAAAUCCUGUUAAGCGGUCAAAAUGACAUCUCACAAAAACAGAAAUACAAAGACAGCAAUGCACAGAACAAUUGUAUGAAAUAUAAGCAUGUCGAACAUGAUAUUUUAAUGUGAUAUGAACUCGAACAGUCUGUGCCAGUGUAGGUAGUGACAUAACACCAGAAAUGGGAUUCAACUACCUGAAAAACACAAGUAAAACAUCGACGUUUCGAGCGAAGACCCUUCCUAGGGAAAUUAGUGAACUGAGAGUAUGCUAACCGUAUCUGCUAACUAUGUUUUUAUAAGACGCCAUCUUCGUUGAUUUUCGUGGCAACUAAAAAUCUAUAUUCUUCAUUCUUUGUCGUAUUGUGCCAGAAAUCGUAAACUAUCCAUAAUACAGCAAGACGUUUUCAAAACAAACCAAAAAUAUUAAAGUAACUCAACUAUUUCGAUGUAAACGCCUGGAUAAAAGUGUAAAAUCAACCAAGAUGGCGCCCAAUGACACGUAGUGACAUCAUGUGCAAGCAGAGAAUAGAGUAAAGAUUUUAUAACAAGAGUCAGGUGACAACUCUUCAAUUGGCCAUAUGAUUGUAGUACCAUAUAACAUGCGUAUCGUUAUAGCCCCAGCGAGUUAAUAACGCUCUUUUGAUCGUCUUGUUCAGUAGUAGGACGUCCUAUUUAAUACACUCGUAGCGUCAUUGUGUUUAGCCAUUUGCAUGAUGUCUGUGUGUUUACUCUUAAUUACUGUACAUAUUCUUUCACAGUUGACUAUAGUUUAUCGCAACAAACAGGGUGAUCAAACAUUUCCUUUAGGAAAUUUCUAAACAAAAUGAAACUACCCGUAAACCGGAACCGGGGUAUCUUAACCUCUUUAUUAGCCCCCCCCCCCCUUCCCCGCCCUAUGGAUGACAUAUGCCGAAAAAUGUACCUGUAUAGGGAUCAUCGAGAAAUUAUCCUGAAGGAAUGGAACUAACCAAUAAAAUUAGCAUAAGAAUUUUACAGCUGGUGUCAAUCAUAUAAGCAUAUAACCAAAUUCACGAGCAGCUUUGUCAACCUAGCCCAAUUUUCAAACCGAUUUGUGACUUUCAAUGAUCUGUACAAAGUUGCGAACAUUUUUAACCUCCACUCACAUUGUUACUGUAUAGGUACCACGUGACCCCGAAGACCCAAACGGCGCCCAAAAUCAGAAAGAAGCUCAGCGAAUGAUUGAUGAAGCUGAACCGUUAACUGAAGAGGAAAUUGCAGAAAAAGAGAAAUUGUUGGAAGAGGUCAGUGGAUAUUGUCAGCAAGACAGUUUAGGGGGCUAUGAUCUGUGUGGAGGCCAUUGGAAUGUUCAUCUUAUUGGAAAACAUGGACAAACUUUAAAAUCUCAAAAAAAGAAUAAAUAUUUAAAUAGUUAUGGAAUAUUUUUUUUAGAAUUCCACCAUAUAUACAUGAAAUUGUGGUUAAUGUAUUACCCAUAUUCUUCGAGUAUAGUAUUAAUGAUGAUGUUUAGUUGAAAAUGUGCAAUGAGGUAAACAUUGUCGAUAUUGUUGUCUUCCAUGCAGGGUUUUACGAACUGGUCAAAGCGAGAUUUUAAUCAAUUUAUCAAGGCAUGUGAGAAAUACGGGCGAGACGAUAUUGAUAAUAUUGCCCAUGAGAUUGAAGGGAAAACACCGGAGGAGGUAUGUCAUUGUUAUUGCUGCUACAGUCCACUUACUUCUAUAUCUUGACCCGCCAUAAACACCUGAACAACAUUGGAACAGAGAAAGAAGAGAGGGGAGGGUUAUUUGCAUUAUUUUAGAUGAUAGAUUUGAAAAGUAAGUAAUCUACAGGAGUUUGCAUAUAUAUAUAUUGACAGCACACUUCCUCGUGGUAUCAAUAUUUGUGGUUUGAAGUAUUUCAGCGUAGUUGGUGCAUUCAAAGAAUUAGUUUCAAAUUCAACACGGGUUCUACUUCUACUUCUAUUCUGUAUUUUGAUAUAGAGCAUGAAUAUCUCGUUAAUAUUUUGUUAUAGGUGCGUGCUUAUUAUGAAGUGUUUUGGGAACGCAAGGAAGAACUGCAGGAUUUGGAGAAGAUCAUGGCGCAGAUUGAGAGAGGAGAAGCAAAAAUACAAAGAAGAAUAAGUAUCAAGAAAGCACUUGAUGCAAAGGUACAGAAAUAUUCCAGUGUUCAAACAUUUCGUCAAACGUAGUGUUUGCAGCUACUGAGAUUUGCCUGUAUUUAACUAACUUCAUGACAUUUAACGGGCAAGCGAGUGGACAUCAAUUUAGCAGCAUUUUGGUACUGACAUUGUACAAACCAUCUUGGUGACAGCCAGGGCCACCGAGAGGUUGCGCGGAGCCCGGGGCAAAACGGGGCCACUAUGACGUCAUAAUUAUAAAACAUUUAUAUUCUCAGUUAAGCAAUCUUUUAUCAAGAAAUGUUAAGGGCCUUCGUUGCUUGGGGAGGGGGCUUUUGAGCUUUGCCCUGCCCCCUCCCCUGCCUCUCGGCGGCCCUGGUGACGGCUAACAAUUGGUUUGAAUUUUUGCUGCCUAUUAACGUCGAAAGCCUCCGAUCAAUCAAGACCCUUUUCAAGAUGUAGAGAAUUGCAGCAAUGAUGUAGAGAAUUGAUCGUUUGUAAUAGCUUUUGUAAACAAAACUACCGUCGUAUGGUUUUAGCAAAUUUUACUUUUUAUCAUUAGAUGGCCAGGUAUCGUUCACCGUUUCAUCAACUAAGGAUAGCCUACGGUACAAAUAAGGGAAAGAACUAUACAGAAGAAGAAGACAGGUUCUUGGUGAGUUUUAUCACACUUUAGUUCGGUUUUAAUUCUAUGUUGUAUUUCUAUAGUUAUAUAGUCUGUAGGACAAUCCAGUGUCCAGAGAGAUAAUAACAAGUGCAGCUCCACAUCCACUAGUUCCAGGGUGCGAUAAUUCAACAUUUUUAAUCGUAGCUGACUAUUAUUACUACGUACUUGCACUAGUACAAACUCGAUGUGUUAGUCUUGAAAAUAAAGUAGAUAUAAUGCAGGUUUCUGAAAAGUCAAACUACGCACAAUCGACUCCUCCAUACAAACAAUCGACUCCAUUUCUUAGUCAUGCCGUCAGUCCAAUCAUGUUUCAUGCCAAGACAUGUCAGACACAUGAUAUACCAACUAAAUUACGGUGUUGAAUAUCUUGGACUUGGAAAGGUCAUAUGGUACCAGGGAAAAGAAAUACGCAGAUAGCAACAAUUCAGCGUACCUAUGUGGUACGUGGCGGAAACCAAAGAAGGUACCAGACCGUAAUAUUGCCGUACCUCGCUGCGUAAGUACAGCGAAUUAUCGCAUCUUGCAUUAGUUUUUAUACUUAUACUGAUCCAGAAUCCGAAUCCCGCACUCUGGUAAAUUCAAAUACUUCAGUUUAAUCGGUGAGCAAGAUGUUGAGAACUGCUCAUAUUUGUCAUAUGAACCUCAUUGAUCUUAUUUGUGGUUGACACCAUCCUAAAUAAUAUCGCUAUGGUUGUGAUUCCCACGCUGUAGUGUAUCCCCCUAUUUGCAUUGAUGAUCAAUUCGGAACCCUUUAACCCCCCAUCGUUGUUUAAUCGUAGAACUGGAAAGCAUCUUUAUUCCCAUACCUGCGCAUGUAAUACAUGUAUGUUAGCAGUUGGUGUUUAAUUUUUCUCUAUGUAGAUUUGUAUGCUUCAUAAACUUGGUUUGGAAAAAGAGAAUUCAUAUGAUGAACUGCGUAUUGCAUGUAGAAGUGCUCCACAAUUCAGAUUUGACUGGUUCUUAAAAUCACGAACAGCACAGGUGAGAUAUUGGUGCGAAUACUGCACCGUUCACCCGUUUAAGAUUUUUUAAAUUUUUUGCCCGUAUAAAAGUUAUUGUAACAAUUGACUGUUGUGUGUCUGUAUUACAGUAGGGUUAGGAUCCUGCCAGAAACCUUGAUAGGCUUUUUUACCUAAGGCGCCUACGUAGUUAGGCCUAUCAUAUCAUAACCUGUUUGAAGAAAAUGUUUCAAGAAACGAAUGGAAGAAAUUGUUUAGAUGUACAACUGGAUAAAAUAAGUAUAUAAUACAAACAUGUUUGGUGAAGACUUUAGAGAAUAGAUAGUCUGAUAGCAAAACCGAGGAAAAACUUUAAGUUUUAGUUAACUGACUGGCUUCAUUCGAAUCGUGUUUGAUGAAUUCAAGUUGGGUUUCUUGUUGGCCUGUUGGGUCAACAAUCCCCAACGGAAGUAGAAAGUGCCAUAUUUUUCCCGUAAUACUGAACUUCAAGAAAUGGCUUUCUUUGCAGAGCACAAAGCCGAUAUAUUGACCUAAUAAUACCCAAUAGAUCCAUCAAAUCCCAACGUACAGAUUGAACAAAAGUUUUAUUUAUCGGCAAUUUAUCCUUACUUACGUCGCAGGUUCGAUUCCUGCUCGAGGGCCUAGAGUUGCAUUUAACUACUCCUGGUUAUGUCUAGAAAUGUAAAGUCUAAAAAUGUGUAAAAAUGACACUCGAAAAUUCCAUCCACAAAAACGCUCAAGAUCCUGAAAUUUGUACUUAUACUUAUCGCAUUAACGUCACUGAAUAGGAACCUUGCAGAAGGUCGACUUCUUGAUUUUGCCUCUGAUUUUUGCGUAACUGACUGUUGCAAUGCUGUCGCCAUGUCCCUAGCCAGGGAGGCAUUCACCCCCCUGAAAAUAUUCAAAAAUGGGGGACGUUCAGGGGGGUGAAUGCCUCUCAUAACCGCACUGACUAGGGACAUGGCGACAGCAUUUUGAUGACGAGUCAUUGCGGAUCAUGUCGUGGCAGCGUUACACUUUUUUGGUUGAGUCGACCUUCUGUUUGUCUCUAUUCUGUGUUAACGUCUCUUGCUGAUGAUUUGUGCUUUAUUUUUAUAAAGGAACUUCAGAGACGUUGCAAUACAUUGAUUACUUUAAUUGAACGAGAAAUGUUAGAGAUUGAAGAAAAAGAGAAGAAAGAACGAAAGCGCGGUCAAAAGCCUGGAAAUGCCAAGGUAAGCAGUGAUAAUUAAGUUAGUAAGUUUUCUCGAAAACCAUUUGCUGGUUUAUUCAAUACUUAUAUUUGCUGGUUUAUUCAAUCGAUAUUUUAAAAAGCAAUUAUUUGGAAAUGCGAGAGGCGGUCAUUGGACGUUGUUGCCUAAUCCACCAAAACCAAAGAAAUUCUUAUUUGGUUUUUCAAUACGUUACCGUCGUAAUGGUUGUUUUCCCCAUGAACAAAAAGCUCUCGAUCUGUAAGCCUAGAUCCUGAAUUAUUUAGAGCGACAGAUUCUGGCUUACGGAUCAAUUGCUUUGCCAGAUAAUUAAACGUGAAUAAAUAAUUAACUUAAAAAAAAAAAAAACAUUUAUUGCCAUGCAAAUCAGAAAGGGACUUAGAAAUGUAAUGUGCGUCUUUGUUUUGUUGGGAAAUUCUCUUUUUUGUGGUUUUCCCCCCACCAGCCUCAAAAUCACCGAUAAAUCACAGUUUUGCCUCUAUAUUUUUAUAAUGUUUUAACCGCCCAAAAAUCACACAAGAACAAAACAUUUCGCGCCUUUUUGUAAAUACGAGGCUUACUCGUGUCCAGGCCCCAAGGCGUUGCAGAUUAAAAAUGACAAUGUAUAAAUCAUUCUCGUCCCCCAGAGCCAUUUCACUCGGUCACUCGUUGAGUGUAUAAAUAUGAGCCUCUAAUCCCCAACAAUUUGACUUUGUUCUUUACCUGGCUAAAAUCUUCUGUCAUGUUUAAUACAGACUCCUCAACAAAAGCGAAAGGCUGACGGCACACCUGAUGGGCGUGGCCGAAAGAAAAAGAAACAAUGAAAUGCUUCUGGAAGAACUUUCGAAUGUUCAUGUCGCUCCAUUUACAUUUUUGUUUUAUGUUUAUAAUUUCAUGUACAUAGCUGCAAUUGUUUUAGGACGUGCUUUAUAGAAAUUGUACACAUAUAAAGAUUAAAGGUAAAUUAUUCGCCAAAGGCAAGGGGAUUAUCGGGGAAUAUUCGCCGAGACGAAGUCGAGGUGAAUAUUCCCCGAUAAUCACCGAGGUUGAGGCGAAUAAUUGUUUUAGUAUUUUUACACAAGUUUUUUUGUGUUUUUCUGGUCUGAAUUCAUUUUAAUUUAGCUUAUUUCUUUAUCACUAACUUCAACAAAACGGCUAGCCGCCAUUUUGAAAAUUUCGAUUUUGUUAUAUUCACCUGUAGGUGAAUAUGACAAAUUAAUACGUCAAAUUUGACCAAUCACCUUGUAGGAUUUGUUAUGUUCACUUGUGCAAAAAUAGUAAAGUAAAUUAUCCGCAGUCCACCAGUUAUUCAGUGUAAAAGCUUGAAAUGUUAUGAAAAUAUCUUCUGUAAUAAGCAGUCAAGCCCUGUAAUUAUGGAAGAAUUGAUCGCUUUUAAAGUGCUUAUGACACGAAAUUUCACCCCAAAGAUUUAUGGUCGCAUUGUAAAGAUCACUUAAAAUGACUUAAUAAUUUCUUUUAUAGAAUUUUGGCAACUUGCUCCCUUUUCAAGAUAUUCAACUUUGUUUCAUUUAACAAAUAUAAAACAUUUUCCGUGUUGAUAUACAGUUAUAUCAACACGAGUGGAAUUGGGAAAACGAGAAAUUGUAUGGAAACACGACGCCCGAAGGGCGGAGUGUUUUCAUACAAUUUCGAGUUUUUCCAACUUCCACGAGUGUUGAUAUAACUAUAUAUCAAGACGGACAAAUGUUUUAUAUUUUUUUUAUAAUAUAGCGAUGUCAAAAGCCCGAAGGAUAAGAAAAAUUUGCGUGUUUAGAAGCGGCGGAAAAUUUCCCGUGUUGACAUUGAGUUAUAUCAACACGGCUCUUAGCCAAUCAGCGUUCAGAAUUUACAAAUGCUAUAUUAUAAAUGCAAAUAUCACCGGUGUGACAUCACAUCACAUCACAUAAUGAGUUUUCAGAAGUGUAGUUUUCUUGACGAAUACGUAUCUAAAAAACUUAAAAAUUGCCCUUGUAUAUGUAUUAAUUUCAUAACUGGUAAUUAACCCUCUGUAUUUGUUUGUAAAAGUAUUUUAUCAAGGUAAAAUAUUGCGUUUUCAAAUUGUCAUUAUGCGAUGUCACACCGGUGAUAUUUGCAUGUGAAAUAAAGUUGAAUAUCUUGCAAAGGAAGCAAGUUACCAAAAUUCUAUAAAAGAAAUUAUUAAGUCAUUUUAAGUGUUCUUUACAAUAGGCACUUUAAAACUAAUGUUAGCGGUUGCAAGUGUUAAUGUAAUUGGUAUAUACAGCUAUUUGAAUUAUAUAAAUCCUGUAUACUACUGGGAAUUGCCAAAACAAAAAGCCAUGGUAGGUUACCUAAACAGCUAAAAAUAUUAAAAUUUGGUAUACCCCGAAUCUUGUUGUUCGCGCUUGGAAUGUUCAAUUGACUAUGACAACCUUAAUUGAAAUAGCUGUAUAAUCAUAUGAUCUUGAACUGUCUGCCACACUGUAGGCAGUGAAGGUAACCUAUUAGCAAUUUUUAUGCAAAAAUUUAAUAAUCAUUGACUUAACGGUGAAAUUACAAUUAAAUGACGAUAUUUGUGCAAAUGUUUAGUGUAUUUUAAAAGGUGGAAAGUGCAAUUACUGUAAAGUUCCCUCGUUAUAGAUAAAUGAAACUACAUUAAAGUUAUAAAGUUACUCCUUGCUACAACAUGAUUACGAAAAGGUUUUUGAAAGUCAAGUUUUUUGAUAAUUGAAACUUCCUGGUGACACAUCGUCGAGGGGAGGUUUCUCCUGGGAUUGCUUCAUUGAUCUUUUCUUGACAACUCGCAGAAGGCAGUAUGUCAACACAGCGAUGACAAUAAGCAUGCAGGCAAUGACACUGAGCGAAGAUAUAAGAAUGAUGUUGGUUUUAUCAUCUUGACGAACUACUUGACUGACAGUACCAUCUUUGUUUGCAUCGCCACCAAGAUUUGGAAAGAUACGUUCAACGAUCAACACAUAUUUUUUAUUCAAAUGUUCAUGGACAAACUCCUCGACUACCUUCUCAAACUUUUGACAUUCUUUUACACGAGCACAUCUCAACAUUUCAGUACACAUGCCAGGAAGCAUGUCAGCCCAUUUAGGAACUUUGCCUGCAUUGUUAUCAUGGAAAGCAUCACUAAGAUACCAGAAAUAUCCUGUACGACUUGUCACGCGACGUAUUGCUGCCAUGAGGACGAGAUAUUCACUCCAGGUCAGUUCAUGAGGACAAAAUGUCGUGCUGAGUGGUGUAAAUGCUUGACCAGCGGCGUUGACAGCAGCAUCACAUUCAGUGGCCAGUGUGUACAGUUGUGUACUAACUGCUUCUCCUUCCUGUCCGUGCGCUCGUACUGUGUCACCAUCAAUAACCAUAUGUUCCUUUGUAAAACCAUUGUAGGUGGUGAAGUUUUGGAUGCCUUCCCUGGAGAAAACUGCGUCGACUCUGCACCAGUCAGGAGUUUUUUCGAGUCCCCUAAAACCACGAAUGAUGUCACCUGCAGACAGUUCAGAUACGGAAACCAUUCCUUUUCUCAGUUCUUCAACUUUCAUAUCGCUGGAGACGCAGUUGUUAUUACAGCAGUUAGAACAGUCCCUGCAUGAAUCGGCAAACGUUCCAGGCAAAAUAACCAACACGAACAUCAUAACAAUCACUGAACGAGCCAUAUGGCAAAACGCUUUUUAAAAGUGUUGAACCCUGUUAAGAAAUGCAGCC